UCCUGUUACCCUUUUCCCAUUGGCCAAGUGGGAGAUUGGCAAGGGAUUUCAUCAGGUUUUCUAGAGUUUUCAGUUACUGCCGUUACUGAUUGCUUUCAUUUAAUCAAGCUUGUUUCGUCUGUACAGGGAGGUCGUGUAAUUUAAUCGAUGAUCCUUCAUCCUUCCAACUGUUCAAUUAUCAAUACAAAGUGAAAAUCGGGAUGAGCCUGUGGAAUCUGAGGAACGCUAAAACUGAGGACCUGAAACCUUUGUACUAUGAAGAUUAUCAUAAAUCUGACAGAAUGGAAAAUGAUCAGAUUCGUAAGGAUGAUAAUCCAGACCACAAUUCAUCACUAGAUCCAGCUCUAGAAGCUAUCAAAUGCAAGUGGGAAAAGGAACAACUGGAGCUCAAAAAAAGGAUCAGUUUAGAUGAUGAUAAAACUGUCAAAAAGAUGCUGUCCAAAACGUCUAAAAACACGUUCUACAUUGGAGGAAUGGACAUUUCCUUUAUCAAAGGAGAUGAUGUCAAUGCUUGUGCAGCACUGGUUGUCUGCUCCUUUCCAGAUUUGGAGGUGGUUUAUGAGGACUACCAAAUGGUAAAGCUUACAAGCCCAUACAUUGCAGGAUUUCUGGCCUUCAGAGAGGUGGAGUUAUGGUCCAAUUGUAUGACACAUAAGAAAAACAAACCUCAGUAUACUCCACAGGUGAUCAUGGUAGAUGGAAAUGGAAUAAUGCACCAUAGAGGAGUCGGGUCUGCCAGUCACCUAGGAAUUCUGUUAGGUGUGCCUUGUCUAGGGGUAGCCAAGAAUCUUCUCCAAGUGGAUGGGAUUGAGAAAAAUGAAGAACAUGCGGAACAGAUUGCAAGGCUUAAGAAAAGCGGGGAUGAUUUUCCUCUGGUUGGGGUAUCAGGAAAGUGCUAUGGAAAGGCACUGAAAAGUUGUGAGGGAGCCACGAAACCUGUUUAUGUGUCCCAGGACAUAAAAUCAGUGUUGACUCUGCAGCAUUGCUUGUACACAAGUGCAGUAAAUUCAGGGUUCCGGAGCCUAUCAGAAAGGCAGACCUGAAUUCUAGAGAAUAUCUACGGGUCAAUUUUUAAGAAGACUAGCUGUGCCAUGGUAAUGAAUUGUAACUGUGAUAUUGUUCGUUUUACAUGUGACAUCAGGUUCAUCCAGCAUAUUUGCAAUGUAAUGAAUUGCAGCUGAGGGCCAUUGAUUCCGGUGAAUAUACGUGUAUUGGGAUGCUCAAGUAUUUUUAUGCCCCCGAGAUCGAAGAUCGGGGGGCAUAUUGUUUUUGUCCUGUCUGUAAUUCUGUCAUUCUGUCUGAAACUUUAACCUUGCUAAUAACUUUUGAACAGUAAGUGAUAGAGGUUUGAUAUUUCACAUGAGUAUUCCUUGUGACAAGACCUUUCCGUGGGUACCAACAUUUUUUACCCCGGGACCUUGACCUUGGAGUUUGACCUACUUUUUGAAAACUUUAACCUUGCUAAUAACUUUUGAACAGUAAGAGAUAGAGCUUUGAUAUUUCACAUGAGUAUUCCUUGUGACAAGACCUUUCCGUGGGUACCAACAUUUUUGACCCCAUGACCUUGGAGUUUGACCUACUUUUUGAAAACUUAAACCUUGCUAAUAACUUUUGAACAAUAAGAGAUAGAGCUUUGAUAUUUCACAUGAGUAUUCCUUGUUACAAGACCUUUCUGUUACCUUUUGACCUUGACAUUUGACCUACUUUUAAUUUUUUUUUUUACAUUGGUCAUAACUUCUAAAUGGUAAAUAUUAGAGCUUUCAUAUUGUACAUGAGCAUUUCUUUUGACAAGAUCUUUCUACUGGUACCAAGAUAUUUGCCCUUGUGACCUUGGCCAUCUUCGGAAUUGGCCAUUAUCGGGGGCAUUUGUGUUUCACAAACACAUCUUGUUUCAUUUGCAAAUGUUUUUGAAACUGUUUAAAUGCUACAGAUUCAUUUUUCUGUUUUGAAAUCUUGACAUGUGUACUUUUAUUUUUUAUAAAGUAUGCACUGGUUUUGUUAAUUUUGAAACACUUUGCUAAUGUUAAGAUUGCUGAUAUAUCUGUUGUAAGAUGUAGGCAUACAUGUGAUAAUUUUGUACAAUGGAUUUUAAAAAAGAUUUUGAGUGAAAAAUCUGUACAGAAGUUUCCAAAAAGUUGUACAAAAUCUGUACAAAAUAUCAAGGGGAAAAUGAUAUUAUAUGCCUAUAUAUAAAAGUAUAAUUACACUGGGAAAUAUUUUUACAAAUUCCCCAAGUGGUAAUAAAACAGAAUCAUUCCACGAAUAUAGUAUCUACUGUUACCUAUUUCAUUGUUGUUGAUACCUUUUAAAAUAUUUCAUGAUUUCUAAUUUUAUCUAUGUUGUAUUUAUAUGUACGAUUAGUAAUUCAAGUGAUCACAUUUAGUACACAACUUAAAAUUAAAGUGAUUAUAGAUUUUCAUCAAUCAUUUUAUCAUAAAAUUUGAAAGAUAAUUAAGAUUUUAAAAACUUUUCAAAGUCAUAAAAGACACUUCCUCAGAAAUUGACCUUUUUCAUACCCAUAAUUAAGAUGUCUAUAGCAUUCAGUUACAAAACAUCUAUUAUGAAUUUGAACCUUUAAUUCAUUUGGAGUAAAAUCAAAUUUAAAAGAUUUCAAUUAGCAAGGGAUAUGGCUUGGGUUCUUAAACAAGGCAUCAGAUGCACCUACACAAUGCACUCCUGACCACUGAUUCAAAGAUUUCGAGUAUAAAUUGAUGCUUGAGAAAAUGCACAGACAAGGAUCCUUUACUUACAGUAACUUAUAAAACAAGGCAACAAUAGCCUAAAUGUUAUUCCAUACCUUAUGUAUCUUGUACUAUUGAAGGAAAAACAUGACACCAAAAAUUCAAAAUGGAAAUAAGAACACACGCAUACAUGUAGAUGUGAUAUGUAUAAUUCACACUUUUUCAACAUCUGCAUUCACGCUGUGUCGUUGUCAUGCCUGUACUUCAAAAUUCACGUAAAAUGAAACGCUGUAUACAUUUUCAGGUCUAGCCCUUUAAAUUCAGUAUAACUGUUGUUCACUCCAUUUACUAGUAAAGUUCAUUGUUUAUGCUGCAUAGACUGUCCGACUGAUCAGAUUUGUACGGCUAAACAAUGUAACCGUUUGGGAGAAAAUUCUGUUUCUUCCCAAAACAAUUUUGGUUUUGAAUUGGUAGAUGUAUCCUAUAAAUAUGCCCAGAUUUUAAUGCUUGAUCUUGUGCGAAAGCUGUUUAGUAGAUAAAUGCAUAUGUAUGAUUAGUUUUCCUUGGUAAUAAACAAGUAAAUGUCAUGGUCAAAUAUACCCAACAAACAUGCUCAAAUCACACAAAUGUUAAAUUAUGCAUUAUUAUCUUAUUUGCAUGGAAACACCUAUUUGUAGUAUUAACUCAAUUGAGGUACAUGCUUAUUGAACCAUGCUAAUCUGAAUUAAUUGAAUAAUUAGGAUUCAAGACACACAAGGAUUUGAAGAUUGCAGAGAGAGGGUAUUAUAUAUUGCUCUCAUUUAAAUUCUCUUUUAUCAGUCCAGGGAUCAGUACAUCAAAAAUCAGUCCCUCACCUCCCCUCCUCUCUAGAGGUACAGUGUAUUGCAUUUGCACCCUCAUAUACAUUUCAUUUUGUAUGUGUUGAUGUUUUAAAAAUUCAUACGAUUUCUUUUUAUAUGUAAAAUUUUUACAAUGCUUUACAUUUGUCAUUUUUUAUAAAAAUUUUGUUUGCAUAUAAAUGUAUUUUAAAGUGUGAAGACAUUUGAAAAUAAAUAUAAUUUGAGAAAGA